AUGUCAGGAGGAAAUCAUGAGCUAUUUUCGCGAGCAGGCAAACACAGCCUAGAAAAAUUCAAAAUUCUUCAAGAAAGAGAUGCAAUAUUAUCAAAUAAACCCCAACCAAAAUACAGACAUAUGUCUAAAUCCUCUUCUGCCCCAUCAUUAUCUUUUGUCAAUACCAAAAAAAUAGUAGCUGAAGAGCUUGAAAAGCUACUCAAAGUAACUUCCACUUACUCAAGCUUCAAAUUUAAAAAUAACUUUAAUUCACCAAAGAUAAAAAGCCAAAGUUCAUCACUAUUUUUAAAUACUAUUAGUAUGAUAUAAUUUUUAAUUAAUAGUGCUCAAAGCCAAUUUAUUCAUUAUUAUCGAGUAAGAGUUAUAAAUUAAACGUUUAUGCUGGCAAUAAGCGGAUAAACCACUAGCUGCCAAUCUUUUCUCCAAAAGGUCUCCCUUUUUUGGAUUUCUGACCUGAGCCGUCUAAGGAAUUAUUAGUCCCUAGGGCAGAGCCACGCCCUUUGCGAGGUACCCCAAUAGUCCCGGUAAGAAGGAUCAAUGUGGUAGGCAUAGCCUGUCUAGCCCAUCUUGCAGGGACAGGAAAUAUUCGGGGAUAAACAAAGCACCCUAUUUCGGCAAGCUUCCCUUUGAGAUGGUCUACUUAGCUCAUGAGGAACUUACUUUUGGUCAAGCAUAAACCCCCUUACCUCCCAGCUCCCCUCAGUACCAAAGUACCUAUUCUUGGUAAUAAAAAAUAUAAGAGAUAUUACAGUAUCUUUGGUUUUUUACACUAGUAAAACGUGAUUUACAGCAUGUUUAACAUAUAUUUAACUUUAUUUCAUAUCCCUACUAUAUACAAAAUCUUUUUAUGGCUAGCAAAUUUUAUUCGUAUUUUGUAUUAAAUUAUUGAGAUAUCAUGUUUUAUAUAUAAAAUAAGCUAUCUAAGCAUAUUAAAUUUGUUAAAACUCAUUGAUUUGGCGAAAUCGAUGCUAGAUAUUGUAUGUCCCUAUGAUUAACAAUUAUGCUUGAAUUGAUUUAUUUUUGUCUAUCCAUUUAAAGAAAUUAUCUAGAUUCAUGCUUAAAUGCGAUAACUAGAGAUAUCCAGUGUAUUUCUCUAUUAAAUCUCUUAUUUAUUAGUCUAAAAAUUUUUUUUAUCAUAUAAAAUUUUGACAUACUUUCGCCACCCAUCACAUCGGUCAACUGCUAUAUCAGGAGGUGUCACCUCGGAGUCCUAUUCAUCAGCAUCCCAUUUUAUUUCUAGUAAGAGUUAGGAAUCAUCAAAUCAAGGAACCCACAAAAAGCAUAAGAAAAGUCCUUCUGCAGCCUUUAAAAGUCCAGAAAGGGUGCAUUAUUCUAUUUUCGAAGUAAAACUUAAAUUAGGGCAGCAAAGAUGAAACCCCAGCUACAGGCUGCUAUGAACCGAGCUAUAGUCUUGUAACAAAAACUCCUUUUUCAUUUACAAUUCCUCCUAUCAAAAGAGAUCACAAAUUCUUUUCAUCUUCUUCCCCUAUUUUAGAAACAGAAGAAAUAAAAGAGGAAGAAGAUAAAAAAUCAAAAUAUCCAGGGGUGCCUUUCAGUAAACAAUCUGCUCGAAAGCCGUUUUAUGAUGUAGUUAAUGGACAUGAGGCAAGAUUUACUGUCAGCAACUUAUCGCCUGCAUUCAAUAGCAAAUAUAAGUAAUUUCCAUUCAGACGCCAGUCAUUUCCUGACUUAAAUAAAUAUUCUGAAAGAAAUCUUGAUAAGAUGUUUAGGAUUCCAAAAUAUUUGCCUGAGUACAGUCCGAACAAAGAAAAAAUAUUGCCUAAAAUUACUAGAAAAAUUGAUUUUCAUAGAAUGUCUGAUAGAGAAGAUUUAUUUGAUGAAACUUUGGAUAUUAGAACAAAUUGUAACGUGAAAUAUGAUUUGAUUGAGAAAAAAGUAAUUUCUCAUGACUUUAAAAAUGACUUACCAAGAGAAAAAAAUCCUUUGUCCCCCUUACCUUCUUAUAUUCAAUCAACAAUGACUUACAAUGAAUUAGAAAAGACCUGCAUGCAUAAAAAAUCCUGCACUUCGAUAAUAUCAAUCUCCAAGUCGCCAGAAAGCAAUAGUAUUAACUAUGAGUCAUUGCCCGUAUCUUUAAGAUAA